GCAGUGGAAGACAACUGAAUGAAUCGUCUCUGCAUCUGUUUCAAUGUUUUCUAUUCAAUUAUGAUGAAUUUUAUGGACAGAAUUUGGAGUGGAAUUAAAACUGAAUAAAAUGUGUGAGCAUAUGAACGCCACAUCUGCCAUGGAAAACCUAACCCUGGCAACCAGUCUUUCAGAAUGUGACUUGGCUGAGAGCGCAUCCAGGAGGAAGCUGUUUCUGUUUUUCUACCUGGCUAUAAUCAUCACUUCCAUCCCGUCCAACGCCUUCUCCCUUUAUGUGUCCUGGCAGCACAUUAGACAGAAGAACGAACUUGGUGUUUAUCUAUUCAGCCUGGCCCUAAGUGACCUGACCUUCACUGUCGGCCUUUCUCUGUGGCUGGACUUCCUUUGGAGAGGAGUUUGGACCCAUGGAGGCUACGUUUGUGUGCUAUCUGUCUACUUUCUCUUCACUAACUUUUACACCAGCGAUGCUCUCCUCUGCUGCAUUGCUGUUGACCGUUACCUGGCAGUGGUUCACCCAUUGAAGUACACCUUCUUGAGGAAAGUUGGCACUGCAGUAGUGGUCAGCGUUGCCAUUUGGGUGUUGGUGGUCUGUUUCAAUGCCACCACCAUCACCUGGGAGGACUCAUACCAUGAAAACAACAAGUUUUCUGUGUGCUUUGAUAUCUUCCUCCCGCUGUCAGAGAACUUGGCUCGGGCUAAUGUGGCACGCUUCUUCCUGGGCUUUAUUGUUCCGGUUCUCCUGGUGUUGUUUACCACCUGGGGUAUCUGUGAGGCAGUGAAAUCCAACCAGGCCACAGAGGAACAGGAACGUAAACGGAUUUCAAAGCUGCUGACAGUAGUUCUAAUCUGCAUUUUGUUCUGCUUCGGACCUGUCCAUGUCAUGAUGCUUAUCCGCAUACUAGUGGAUGACUGCAGGAAGGUUGCAUGGUUCUUUUAUCCGUACAAGAUCAGCAUAGCUAUCUCAACCCUCAACUGCCUUGCAGACCCUCUCCUUUACUGCUUCAUCACUAGAACAGGGAAGGCAAAUGUCUCUAAGGUUGUUCUCUUCUGCCAGCUAAAGAAGAGAAGCAAAGAUGAAUGUGUGGUGUAGGCUGAAUAAAGUACAGGAUGAAAUAAUGUAACAAUGUUGUGGUAAACUUUACAGUUAGACAUUAAAUAGUAGAUAAAUUAUUGUAAAUUCAACAACACAAUUACAAACACUGCUUCAAAUUGCAAAUGUUGCCUUUUUUCAGUGUUUGCAACUGGAACUCAUUAACUUCAAAUUUCUAAAUCCCAACUGCAGAUCUAAGAGUGAGCAUUCACAUUAUUUUGUCCACCCUUCACUAAACUAACAGUUCACUUUUGCAUGUACUGUACACCUGUGCCAACAUCAACAUAUUAUCAGCAGUGAGCCAUGGAGACCAGCUGUUCCAUGGUAGAAUAUUUGUCAAACACCACAGUUGUUCUGUUGUGUGAGACCUUCUCUAAAUAGGUCCAAAGGAAAUAAAGGGAUUGUUAUGCAAAUGCUUGUUAUUGUCACACUGGUUAAUUUAAAAAUAAAGGGCUCAAUAAUCAUUUCAGUAAUAAAAUUACAUUCAUAAUGUUCCAACUAAAAACUAAAUUGUAUGUAAGUUCAGUGUUUUCUGUGAAGAAAAUGUAACUUUAAAUUCUUUUCAUGGUUGCAAACUGCUCAUUUUUCCGCAUUCUUGAUAAAAAAUAAACGUCAUAAAAGAACAUUUUUCUGAUUGUGAUUGUGGCCAAUAACAUCAUGCACACAUAUACAUAAAAGUACCCAUAAAAUAUAAAAUGUACCUAAUAUUUGAAAAUAUUUCAGUACAAUUCUUUUUCUUUAUCUAUAGGUUGUGUUUUGUCAUAUGUUCACAAAAGUAACAAGAGCUUUGGAUUACUGGUCUGAGGUGUGGCAAACUGAAACAUGGAUAUCUGAAGCUCUCUAGAGGACAAUUAUGGAAGUUCAGUGAGCUCUCUACACUGUUUACACUUAGAACAUUUGACUAUUUUAGAUCUCUUCUCUGUUGCCUUUGCACAAAUUGUUUUAUGACAUACUUGUACUGUAGUGUUUUAUUAUAGCAAUUACACCUAAUAAAGAAAUUAAUUUGC